UCUUGUAAGACUACUAAAGUGCUCACCAUUCUCUAUGUCGCUGCUUGCUCCAAACUCUGCCACAUUAGCUGCAGAAAGCUGUAUCAUCUGCAAUGAACCCCUGCUCAUUCAACUGGAUGUCGAGGAUGUCGAGGAAGGAGAACCAGGCUACAUCUAUGACGACGUCGAGCUACCAUGUCGGCAUCACAUCCAUUACGAAUGUGCUCGAGAGGCAUAUGAUGAGUCGGAUGGCUCAGUCAGCCAAUGUCCAUUCUGCUCACAACCGCUUUUGAUACAGGGCAAAUUCCUCGUUACUGUGCGAAACGAAGGUGGUGUCACUGAGCAGUUUGACCUAGGUGCAGACCUUCAGGAACAGCAAUACCUCGCUGCACACCCACAAGAAGCAUUGAACGAAGCCCUCCUAUCUAUGGCCUUUUCCGGCGACUUGGAUGCCGUCAAGGAAACGCUCGCUCAAGGCGCUGAUCUCGAUGCCACCCAAGCCAAAACUGGCAUGACGGCACUCCACCUGUGUGCUCUCAAUAAUGAUGCCAACAUCAUUCGAUUUUUGGUCGAAGCGGGUGCAGACAAGACGGUGCGUGCUGGAAAUGGGAUGGAUGCACUGCAGCUGGCGAUCAGUGAGGGAAGCCACGAUGCUGCGUAUGCUUUGCAAUGAGACUUGGCUGUUGUUGUCUUGAAUGACAUGGUACGAUGGACUCAAGCCUGGCUCAGUACAUUUUCACGAGCCCAUUAGCAGCCGCGUGGAGCGAGGCUGAUGACUAGCACUCAGGCAUUGCAUGCUCUUGAUCAUGAUAAUUGCACAACUACGCGAGCCCUUAUUGAAGCGACAUAAGUGUAAUGAUAAGUACUUCUACAAUUCAACUGUAGCCUUGUAGAUAUGGCAUUGUCGUAGUC